AUGCUGCCACCAGUUAGUCCGUCCAUGCGGAAGACACAGCCGAACCUUGGUCUUGCAAAGUCGGCCAGUGAGCCCUCCGUGAGCAGUCUGUCCAGGACGUUGCCCGCAACAGUGAAGGGCUCAUUCCUUCCGCGGCAGAUGGGCCAUCCGACGAUUGCUGCCCGUCGAAACCUCGCGCAGCAGAGGAAGGCUUUGAUCAAGGAGACGCGCGACCUGGAAGACUGCAGCUUCUGGGGUGCCCAGGGCAUUCCUGGCUUCGCAGCCCACUUGAAGUCGCGCUUCGGUUCCAUCUUAGCUGGAUGGCGACUGCUCGACUCGGAGAAGAAAGGGCGCCUGUCCUUCCAUCCGUUUUGCAAGGCAGCGCGGAAAUGGGGCUACCAUGGCAAUGUGAAGAAGCUCUGGACGGAGCUCGAUCCGACCGGCAAGGGCUUCGUCACCUUAGCCGACGUUGAUCCCGAUGUCUGGAAGAUGGUCAGCUCUUUUAAGAUCGCACUCAUGCAGCGGUACGGAGACAUGCUGCUGGCAUGGCAAGAGUCCAUCGAUGUGAAUGGCGCAGGCAAAGUGUCCGAGAGUGAGAUUGCGGACAGCCUCCAGGAGCUUGGUCUGGAAAUGGAUGCUAGACAGUUGCUCAAAAUGUUCAUAAGUAUGCCGGGGGCGACGCACAUCACUCUCAAGGACUUUGACCCGAGAGCUUACGUUAGGUGGCAGACUUCUGAUGUUCCAGCUCUCUCCAAAGGAGACGAGGCUGAGGAAGGAGCCGACACGCAGAAGGGCCGAGUGGGCACCGAUCGCGGGCGCCUCGGGGUCAGCACGAAGGAGGCGUUCCAAGCUGCGAUGAUCAGCCAGUUCGGAACCCUAUUCCGCGCCUGGCGGGAGGGCCUUGAUCCGACUGGACGAGAUCGCUUGAGUUGGGGUGAGUUCACCCAUGUCUUCCGACUGCUGGGCCUCCACGGAGACCUGCAGUCGUUGUGGGACCAGCUCGACACAGAGGGCAUCGGGGUGCUUCGCUUCUCCGAUCUGGAUGAGGCCACUGCCUCGAUCUGGUCGGAGAUGCGAGCUUGCUUCGAGCAGGAGUAUGGCAACAUGCUCCGUGCCUGGAUGACAGGGGUGGAUGUCGAGGGGGUGGGCCAUGUAGACGAGGACCAGUUCAUUGCAGCGUGCAAGAAGGCUGGCUUCCUGAACGAGACUGGAGCUCAAGAUCUCUUUCACAUCCUGAGGCCACCAGGAUGCGGAUCCUUUUUGAGCCUGCGGGACUUCGACCGCAAAGCCUUCAAGGCGUUUCUUCGUAACGACUUCCGGAUGCUCAGC